UUCUAAGUCUGUUAAACCAACUAAAAACCUCUCCAAUGUUUCCUUCUUCAAUUACUCUUCUUUGUCUGUAAUGACUAUUAGUACUGCAUCAACCCCACAGGCUUCUCUGCUUCAUCAUCUAGGCCCUUCUUCUGCUAAUGGGACCUCCUUUCUUCCUAUUUAAAUCCACACCCUUUAGCUCUAAAGGUACAAUAUUCAGUCUUCUCCCACCAUUAAAACUCUGCAACCACCUCCACUCACCCUAUCUUGCAUGGCCCUCCUUCCUCUCUUCCUCUUCUUUCCUUUUCUCCUUCUUGUCAAUUCUCAGCCUUCUCCUGGAUACUACCCAAGCACUAAACUAAGUCCACUUAGCUUUUAUCAAGGAUAUAACAGCUUAUGGGAACCUCAGCAUCAAACAGUCUCUCAGGAUCAAUCCUCAAUCACAAUCUGGCUUGAUAAAUACUCAGGAAGUGGAUUCAAAUCGAAAGACCCCUAUCAAAGCGGCUACUUCGCUGUUUCAGUUAAGCUCCAGAGCGGCUACACUGCUGGAGUCAACACAGCAUUCUAUCUUUCAAAUAAUGAAGCUCACCCUGGAUAUCAUGAUGAGGUGGACAUUGAAUUUCUGGGGACCAUACCAGGCAAGCCAUACACUUUGCAGACAAAUGUUUAUGUUAUGGGGAGUGGUGAUGGAAGGAUUAUUGGGAGGGAGAUGAGAUUCCACCUUUGGUUUGAUCCAACAGCUGAUUUCCACAAUUAUGCAAUCCUGUGGAAUCCUGAAGAGAUCAUAUUCUUCGUUGAUGAUAUACCGAUACGACAAUACACAACAAAUAAUGACGCAACUUUUCCUCGCCGUCCGAUGUGGGUGUAUGGCACCAUAUGGGAUGCAUCAUCAUGGGCCACAGAGAAUGGAAAAUACAAAGCAGAUUACAAUUAUCAACCCUUUAUUGCCAGAAUGACAAAGUUUCUAAUCGGCGGAUGCUCGGCAUAUGCAGCAACAAGCUGCCGGCCGCUGCCGGCAUCUCCGACCGGCGUCGGGCUCAGCAGCACACAGUACAUGGCCAUGAGAUGGGCUCAGCAGAACCAUAUGGUUUAUGAUUAUUGCAGGGAUUCUUCAAGGGACCAUUCACUCACUCCUGAGUGUUAAUUAGUUGGAAAAUGUUACUUUCUAUAAAGAAAUGGUCACAGGCACAGCUGCCCUUCUACUAUACUCCAAAUGUUUGGCUUUGCUUAGUAGUUGAGGCGUUUCAGGUCUUUUUGUUGUACUAUUUUGUGUGUGCUUUGUAACUGUGAAUGAUUGUUGCUUUGCUUUUGCUUGUGGGAAAAGAAAGCCUUGAAGGUGGAGUAAGUAAAACAAGAAACAGGAAAACAGAAAGAUAAUAAAUGGCAUUCUUUUGUCAAUGUUGCCUUUGAAUGAUUAGAAUAUGAUUUUGCUAUUGGAAUAA